AUGCGACAACGGAAGAUAACGAUGGCGUUGGAGAGCAAGCGUUCUUGGUUGUUUCCUUCUCAUGCUCUGUACUUUUUUCCAGCAAUGAUUGCAAAGGUAGCAAUUGUUGUGGUGGGUGGUUUUCUAGGAUGGAUUUAUACACGAAUCAAACCACCACCUCCUAGGGUUUAUGGAUCACCUGGUGGACCUCCUAUUACUUCAGCUCGAAUCCAACUUAAUGAUGGAAGACAUCUAUCUUACAGAGAGUGGGGUGUCUCCAAAGAUAAAGCCAACAACAAGAUCAUUGUCACUCAUUGCUUUUAUAUCUCCAAAGACAUGAAACUCCUAAUUUCUCAGACUGAAGUGGUGGUUGCAGAGUCUAUAGCUUGUAUGGUAUCAUCAUCGACACUUGGAUGUGGAUGUUUAGCAACCAAUUUUCAACAGGUGGUUGUUGUCUACAAUUCCCUAGGGUGGAAGAGAUCUGAUGUUAUAAGACUUCCAGUUGUGAGUGAGAAUAUUGUUGUCUAUGACUCGAAUGGAAAAGAAGUAGAGUAUCAACUUCUGCCCAUAGUAAAUGACGCUAUUGCCCUUAGAAACUACUACACCAGUGCAUAUACUGGCAAAUCACCAAGUUCAACUCCCAAGUAUUCACUUGCAUUUACAGCAUCUGUUCCACCUCUGGGAUUUACCACCUAUGUCAUUUCACAACAGCACCUUUUUGCCUACUUUGCUGAUAUUCCAGCUGAAGCAUUCAAAACCCUAACUUCAUUGUCUGGAAUUGCUGGUUUCACUUUUUAUUUGAUCCGUGGUGAAAAGACUCUUGACUUGAUCAAGAGCAACUUCCCAUCAGGGAAAUACAUUUUUGCUGGAGUUGUUGAUGGAAGGAACAUCUGGGCUAAUGAUCUUGUUGGUUCUCUAGCUGGUCACAAAGACGAAGCAUUCUUCUCCGCCAAUGCUACUGCUCAGGCCGUUGCUUUGAGAAGCUCUGACCACCGUCGUGCCACCAAUGUUAGUGCCAGGCUGGAUGCCCAACAGAAAUUACACGAAAUUACACGAAAAUUAGGUGAUGUUGAUGGUUUAGCACCAGUUUGGAAUGCUGAUGUCAGAUUUUAUCGUAUCAAGGAUUUAUCAAGAAAACCCAUUUCCUAUUUUUACUUUGAUCCAUACUCUCGCCCAGCUGAGAAAAGAGGUGGUGCAUGGAUGGAUGACAAAAACUCUGUUAGGUUACCAAUUGCCCAUAUGGUCUGCAACCAAAUGCCACCUGUUGCUGACAAGUUGUCAGCAACAGGCCUUAUGACAUUUCGUGAGGGUCUGCUAGAAGGAUUGGAGAUUGCAGUUAAGCUUCUAUCUAAGACUUCACGCCAAGGACUUGAUGAAUUUAAGCUUGCAAUGUUUUACUUGAUUUGGACAUGA